CAGCGGAUCUCCCACCCACUACGGGGUUGGAUCUCGCUGCGCUCUCAUUGUACAAAACGAAUUAAUGUAAUAUUAAUGAAGACGUUCAUUGGCUCAUACCCGCGUCAAUCGUAAAGUGCUACUUCACUAGGUUGGCUGACCCUCUUGUAUAUUAUUACUGGGGACCAGGCUAAAAGUGAAAAUGUUGCAGAACCACGGCACUGGGACAGGCUGAAUGGAGUCAACGUUGAGAGCAAAUAAAUUCCGUCCAGGCUUUAUUCACCCGGAGUGCACGAAAUAUUGUCUUACAAAAAUACUGGCUUCUCGUAGUUCUCCCUAGACGUCUCAACCCUCAGCCUCCCCAUGCCUCCAACUCCCCUCGACGACAGAAUUGUGGUGGCGCUGCCAAGGCCGAUCCGACCUCAGGAACUCCGACUGCGCCUGGACACCAGCUACCUGGACGCCGGCGUCGCCAUCCCCGACAGCGAGACGACGGUCAACGGUACCACGGUGGUGAAGAUCCGGGCGACCAACCUCACGUUUAUGCCCUCAUCCAACGGAUCCACCCGCUCCCUGUCGUGUGGAUGCAGCAGUGCCAGCUGCUGCUCGGUGACCACCUACGAGAAGGACAGCCAGCUCCACCAGCGCCACCAGCAGAGCCCAGGGAGCCAAGUGAGCGCCAGCAGCCCCAACCUCAGCUAUGCUGGACCCGCCUCCUCUGCCUCUGGCCAGGCUGUCGCCGGCUUGGUCCACCACGAGGCCUUCAGCGACCCCAGCCUCACCUCGGGCCCAACUGAGGCUCCGGGGUCCCCUGUCCGGGUCAUCCACCCCAACGAGCUGGCCAGGCGGCUGGCCAGGUGCCCCAUGGGCCACCCGGUCGGGCCGGUGCCGGUCAUCAUUGACUGUCGGCCCUUCACGGAGUACAACAGGAGCCACAUUCAGGGCGCCGUGCACAUCAACUGUUCGGACAAGAUCAGCCGGCGGCGGCUGCAGCAGGGCAAGAUCACGGUGCUGGACCUGCUGUCGUGCCGCGAGUCCCCCGGCAGGGAGUCCUUCAAGGGCAUCUUCUCCAAGGAGAUUGUGGUGUACGACGAGAACACCAUGGAUCCUCAGAGGCUGACCUCCUCGCAGCCUCUACAUGUGGUCCUGGAUUCUCUGCGGAGGGAGGGAAAGGAUCCAAUUGUCCUCAAAGGAGGCCUCAGCUGCUUCCGGCAGCACCACCAGAGCCUGUGCGACCACUCCCUCCACCUCCACGAGAGCCCGGACGCCGGCACGGGUGUCGGCGGGGCCUCCGGCCUCACGGGGGCGCUACCUCACUCCAUGUCUCUGCCCUCCACGCCGGACAUCGAGAACGCAGAGCUGACACCCAUCCUACCCUUCCUGUACCUGGGCAACGAGCGUGACGCACAGGACGUCCACCUGCUGCAGCGCUGCAACAUCGGCUACGUUCUCAACGUCACCACCCACCUGCCUCUCUACCAUUACGACACCGGACUGUUCAGCUACAAGCGGCUGCCGGCCACCGACAGCAACAAGCAGAACCUGCGGCAGUACUUUGAGGAGGCGUUCGAAUUCAUCGAGGAAGCCCAGCAGGCGGGCAUGGGCCUCUUGAUCCACUGCCAGGCUGGCGUGUCGCGCUCUGCCACCAUCGUCAUCGCCUACCUGAUGAAGCACACCUGGAUGACCAUGACGGACGCCUACAAGUUUGUCAAGACCCGGCGGCCGGUCAUCUCGCCCAACCUGAACUUCAUGGGCCAGCUACUGGAGUUCGAGGAGGACCUGAACAACGGCGUCACGCCGCGCAUCCUCACGCCGAAACUCAUGGGGGUGGAGACCGCGGUUUAGGGGGGACAACCCACUCGUCCUACGGGCCACUCAUAACGGGCUGAUUCCGAGAUAAAUUGCUUUAUUUUCUGAAUCUCCCAGUCAUGCCUUUUCUGUGACUCUCACAGGAGUGCCAAGGUUCUGGGUCAUGGGCGAUGAGAAACGCCAAAAGAAAUCCCUGCUGUUCCGAACUGGCCAGCUUCCCGGAGGAACAGGAGUGUCAGGGAGAGAACAUGGUCAGAGGAGAGCUGUCCAUGCAUGACCACAGAGAAGCAAAAACAUGGAAGGAAAAUAGAUUAACUAUUUAAAAAAAAUGAAAAACCCAAAAUGUUCUGCGGGGACUUAGCAGUUGAACAGCAAGAGAAACUGAACUCUUCAGACUGUGGCUAAGUGUUGCAGUGGGGCAGGCCCAGACCCAGCUGGCCAAAAUGGUGCCUGUCAAAAGAUGAAGACCUGUUUGGUGUGUUUAAUGUUUUUGUUCAAUUUUUUAUACGUGGGUUCAGGAGGUGACCAUGAAAAGCCCCAAAGAGGCUUACUGUGCAAUAAUGUCUGAGUGGAAUGCGCCUAGGAGCUUGAACGUAUGUGUAUAUUAUACUCAAUGAUGAUUAAAAGUUCCAGCUCGCCCCUUGAUUUGACAUCAACUAACCUUUUUUUUUAUUAUUGAUGUUUGGUUACCGAUUCCAUAUUUUGUGACACGUACAAGUGAGCAGUUAUCUUUUGCUCAAAUCAGAAAAAAAAAAGAUUUAUGUUUUAUUCUUGGUGCUGCUUCGAGGUGUUUCUGUCUGUGUUGGAUUCAUUUCACUCUGUUCAAAAAUACUAUACAUGAAACCAUUCACAUUGUCUGUGUUUUUUGUUUUGUUCUGUCUCCCAUCCCCAUCAAUCAUCCUAUUUAUUUGUAUUCAUACAUUACUGCCAUAAACAGAUUUGUAAUACGUUUUCUAAAAGCAGAUAGAAUAUUCCCUAGAACUCGUGAUGCUAUAGACUUUUUGUUGUUGUUAGGAGUUAUGGCAGUUGUAAAGGACUAUUCACUGCCUGUUAACUCUCCACUGACUUUUUAAAUUAUUUCCUGCACACUAACUAGCCCCUAUUAAUGUAUCACCAAACCUCCAGAUAUUUCUAGAUGUAGUUACCCUUUUAGUUUUUUUCCAUUACCACACUGACCCUGUCUCUGAGAAUGGCCCGGUUGUUGGGCUUUACUACAUCACAAGGUAGCACAGCUCUGAAAGUAUACGUGGAUUGAGCCUCUGGCAUCAAACAAGACUGAUCUAGUGGUUGAGGUUACGUCUAGCUCCCUAUCCUCAUCCCUUUGAACCCCCCCCCCCCCCAGCCCUUGCCGCCAAGCUAGGCUAACGGGGAGGUCUUGUUCUAGUGCCUCCGGGUCGACGCCUUGAUGUGCUCCUGUGUUUUCACCGCUGGGCAUAUCUGUGCCGGUGCGCCGCACAAUCGCGUGCAGACAGAAGCGUCGGCUACACUGCCUACGGACACGUGGCAGCCCUUCAGCAGCGGAGGCAGCAGCAGUCCACUCGGUGAUACGUUCAAAAGGACGUUAACGCAGCUUGCACACAGUUUCACCCCACAGAGCCUGUCACAAGGAAUUUGGUUUAAAACCACAUUUCACUAAAAGGAGCCUGUGACGCUUUUGUUUUUCCUGGCACUUUGGGCUGUUUCGCCUUGAGAUAGUGUUUAUUUUUAAUACGACUUUGAUCUGGUGCUGAAUCUGAUAUUUGGAAAGAAGAACUUGGUACCUAAGCACGGUGUCAGCCGGGCUAGGCUGAGGCGGAACCCCGCAUUAUGAGGGCCUUGGACGUGCGCUUAGGCUUUCAGUCUCUACCGAAGACAAGCCACUGGAAAGGUUCCCUUUGCAUAAUGCAUGUUGUUUUGAACAAGACGACGCAGAGCCACUUCGCUGCUAAAUAUGUAGAUGCUCGGUUUUGGCCACGGCUAGCGUUACAGUUUGGGUAUUAGCAUUAGUGUUGGCGUGACAACCGAACCUUUGGAAGACGACGUAGAAGUCAUAUUCCUCAGGUUUAAGAUACAAAACUAUCGGUGUUUUCCCGAAGGUAUUAAAAUUGUAUUUGUAACUAUGGUAAUUCACAAGUAAUCUAUGGUAAUAUUGGUAUUUGUUUAUAUCUGUUGUCCAUAUAUUCCAUUAUAUUAUGUUAGAUCUGAUGGUGCAGGAGAAAUAGGCCAAUUAAUUAACAAAGCAUCUAAUCAACAAUGUAUCUCUGCAGUUUUGCCCAAAUUGUGUUUUUUUUCCAAAACAGGGCAGUAGCUUUGUGCUAACACAUUGACAACAAAGAUAAAAUGACAUGUAAGGUGUGUUAACAAAUAUUUAAAGGUUAUUUCACUCUUUGUUAAAUGUCAGUAGCAUCAACAAAGUUGGUGGUUCAUAUGGCCAUGUUUUACAGCUUUGACAGUUUUUAUUUUGAAAUCAUUUUAUUUUUAGAUAUUUUUGUAUAUAGUAUAUUUUCUUGGCCAAGCUGAGAACAUGAGAUAAUUAUAGACACCUGUGAAAAUAUGAAAUGCCUGAAAAGCCACUCAAUUUCAUGUGAAAUAUGUGUUAAACAUAUUGAAAUAUAUUGAUAUAACAUAUCAUGAAAUAUUGACAUUCUGGUAAACCUUAACCAGUAAUAUAACUUCCCUUUGCAACCCUAUGCAAUGUUUUCAAAUGUUUGUGACGGAUAACCAAAAUCAGCGUUUGUCAUCGAAUGAAUAUAGCCAAUCUCUCCAUGUACUGGUCUAGUUUCUACCGUUUGUACCACGUACAUUUGCUAGUUGGAUGUAGGAAAUAUCCAACUUGCUAAAUGGUUGAACACAGCCCCUGGACACAGUUAGAAAGUACAAAAUGGAAGAUUUCCAUCUAGUAUAUGGCCGUAGUGCCAGAAACAAAAACAAGCAUCAUGAUAUAGCAGUGUACCAAUCAAUUAGGAAAUGUUUGAAAUUAUUGUUUAACUUGCCUUUUACGUGCAAAAUACUUUGAACUGUAGGGAGUAUACAUAAGAUUAUGAGCUACAGCAGCAACCAAAACCUUAUCGUUAUUCAUCAUGUAGCUUGUCCUCUCAAGAACAAAAUGACUGCAAAGCAGGCCAAUUGAGCUGCUCAUUAAGGGUUUGAACAGCUGAAGAGUGUACAAAGCAUUUAACUAUCCACAAAACACCUCUAUGUAGCUUAUGUGGUUGACAAGAUCUUUUUUUCAAAAUGAAUGAAAAAUGAAUGAAAUUCUCUCCUCUCAGAGUGUUCCCUUCUAAUCCUUCCUGCUCCUCGAUGCUAUGUCUGUGCAUCCUGGCGUAUACUGGUGCUCUACAAACAUUGUAUUUAGAUAUGAUAAAGGUCUACAAAGUUUACCACAAGUUUUUAUCUCGUACGUUUAUAUGAAAUGAUAACCAUCUGCAAAAAAGUACACAUCCUUUACACCUUUGCCAGUACAAAAGUAUUGAAGCCCUCAUUUCUCCCUCACUGGUUUCUAGGCCUACAUCGUCAAUGACACGACUUGGCUUUUCAUUUGUGAUUUCAGUACGCCAUCUGUAAAAGCUGCACAUUCUUCUCUAGUUGGAGAUCAAAGCAUGCCUGUUGUGUGUCAGUUGCUCUUGCCUUUCUCUCUGUCCGACGAUGUUCUCUCAACUGUGAAGGUCAACCUGUUCUGAAUUUUGACUUUUUCCCAAAUGACACUUUUUCCUAAAUAGGGCACUUCUUCGGAUUAGACUUUUUAUGAGGUAGCGCACUAAAUAGAUGCAAUCUGGGAAAUUGAGUCUUUUGUGUGUUUGCCCUGGUGGGCCUCAAGUGACAGCUCCCUGAAAUGCUUUCUGGUGCACGGCUUUUAUUUUGGAAAGACAUCUCUGUAUUGGAACCAUAUCAGACCUGUCAUUUGGGCUGGAAGACUCUGGGUAAGGCGCUCACUAUUCCAGUCUAGGUCCUGCAGCUAGUACGUCUGUCCCAAGUUCCCGCAGUUAAUCUAUAUACUCCCAAUACAACAAAGAACUAUAUUUUAAGUGGGAAAUAUGGAUUAGUUUGAUGCCGAGCAUUUUAGGAAAUUCAGGAGCUCCACAAAUGCAUAUUUCCCCUGUGCUGUGCGUCACUUGUUUUCUAUGCACAUACCCCUUAUUAUUUCUGCACUGGCGUAAAGAUGGACAGCUAAAAAAUAAAAUAUUCACAAAAGGUGCUAUUACUGUGAAAGCCUUCUCCCAGACCCUUUUGCAUGGCCUGCUCAAUAUUUGGCCCUCUGACGGAACCAUCUCUCUGCCGUUUUAUGCCUGAACUGUUUGGGUUAAAGCACUGUAAUUUUCUAGUCCCUUACCCUCCCUGUGAGGUACGAAAUAAACAGGA